AUGGCCUGCACUCCUACUGGUCACAUGCCCUUUUCGGGUUACAGCAAUGGCCGGGCAUCCAGCGCAGAGCACUGCCAAGCAGACGGCGAGAAGUUGGACGCAGUGCUUGACCUUCAGUAUCAUAUGAUGCAAGUUGCAGCCAUGAGCGGAGCAGCGGGAAAUCCGGAUCUUCUCCUUGCCCCCGCAUCUACAUUGCACCCAUCCAAGACUGUCGAGGCCAUGUGCCUUUUGAACGGCAUUAGUACCUUGUGGGCUACCAAGCUAUCACUACCGAAAGAAUUCUAUACAGUAGAUUGGGGCUCUUCCCCCUUAUGGCCUGUUGGCUACGGCAGGAGCCAGAAAGCUUAUCCAGAGAUUCCAGACUGCCUGACGAUGGCCCAUGUUCCGUGUAGAACUCGGCCUCGAAUCAACAUUGCGAGAGAGUGCAGCCAUCACUUCAUCGACUGCCACAGCAGCGUCUUUCCCUAUGGGUCUUAUCUUGCUAUUUUCUUUUUCUGCUACAGCAGACUUGCUGAAACCCCGCCAGCGACUAGCGAAUUGAUCCUCAGCAAAUGGCAUAGCAUCCACAUAUAG